AUGCCCGUCGAGCCAACUGUGAAGGUCGAGGGCCUGCAAACCCGAGGCUUCGACGGGAUAAAAGCAGGCAACAGCUGUGUUACAGGCUUCGUCGUCGACUUAAGAAGGUCAGUCGUCGACUCGGAAAAAGGCGACAUACUUACGCCUUAUCAUGGAGUAGGGUCUGUUGCGGGCUGCUCAUUUGCAAACUUUCACGGCAACACUCGCCAGAAGUUGAAUCUGAAACUGGGUGACCCCUCCGCCAACUUUACUAUAUGGUCCUUCGAACAGACAAAGGUGGGCGUGACCUCACUGCGCCUUUGUCCCGAUAAUGCCAAAGCGAAUCUCGAGAUUCGCGUUGUCGGCUAUUACGCUGAUAAGAAACCUAACAUCUUCCAGGGCAUUAUAAGCUACGAGCUGGGUCCACCUAAGCAUCAUCACUCCUUUUACGGUUUUAACGUUCCGCACUGGAACGUUACCUACACGGAUAUCCCGCCGUCCACGCGUGGUGGUAGCCCCGGUUCUCCUGUGGUUGACGAAAUGGGAAACGCCGUCGGAAUGCUUGUGGCUGUGGGACCUUACGCCUGGGCAACUGGUUCUAUAAGUCUGGAAGCUCCUCUCCGCGCCUUUCGCUGCCUCCAAGAAGGCAAGCAAUUUCGUCGGGGAGACGUCCAAUGCCGUUUUGGUCAUACCAUACAGAAAGGGACUGACUUAGUCCGGGUCGACAAGGUCCUGCCCAUGGGUGUCUCUGAUGGCAAGCUGGAAGUGGGGGACUACUUGACCCAUGUCGAUGCGGAAAUCGUCACGUCUCUUGACGUCGAUCAAUACUUCGACGGCAAGAUCGAUAAGGAUGUCGAAUUGGUCCUUCUUAGGAAUGAACGCGAAGUCCGUGUUACGAUCUAG